GUCGAAGCAUCAACAGCUCAGACGGUGACUUGGAUAAUUCAGUAGACAGAAAGCGUUUCAAGCGACGUUUUUGUGUUUUAAAAAAACAGGAGUCUAGAUUUGUAGAUUGAGUAGACAUGUCUCUGUUUGGGAAACUGUUCGGGAGCGGGGAGAAAGGGGGGAAAGGUCCGAGUCCUCAAGAAGCGAUACAGAAACUGCGCGAGACGGAGGAGAUGUUGAUGAAGAAGCAGGAAUAUUUAGAAAAGAAAAUCGACGCCGAGCUGCUCACUGCUAAGAAAAACGGAACCAAGAAUAAACGAGCUGCCCUGCAGGCCCUGAAGAGAAAGAAGCGUUAUGAAAAGCAGCUGACUCAGAUCGAUGGCACCCUGUCCACCAUCGAAUAUCAACGAGAAGCUUUGGAGAAUGCCAAUACCAACACAGAGGUGCUCAAGAACAUGGGCUUCGCAGCCAAGGCGAUGAAGAAUGCUCAUCAGAACAUGGAUAUCGAUAAAGUGGAUGAGCUGAUGCAGGACAUCACAGAGCAGCAGGAGCUUGCACAGGAAAUCUCAGAAGCUAUUUCAAAGCCUGUUGGAUUUGAAGAGGAAUUUGACGAGGACGAUCUGCUGGCUGAGCUGGAGGAGUUGGAACAGGAGGAGCUGGACAACAACCUGCUGGAAGUCAGUGGCCCAGAGAGUGCCCCACUGCCCAGUGUGCCUUCAAACCCAUUACCUUCCAAACCAGUCAAGAAGAGGCAGGAAGAGGACGAGGAAGAUAUGGAGGAGCUGAAGGCAUGGGCAAUGUGAACCCAGCCUGAUCUGUCGGACUGUUUCAUCACUUGCUUUGGUGGACUGAUGUUCGGAGUCGAACACGUUACCUUUGUGAAUCCAACUGUUUAGCGAUCUGUAGCUCUUACUACUGGCUCACUCGAAUCCAGUAACACAGGAGUCACCUGUGCCAAAGGAUGUAAGAGAGGCUAUGAAAGCAAAAGUAAACUAAAACAAUCAUAUUGCGGUUUAUUUGUGAAUCUAUCUGGCUGUGUUUCUUUGAAAACAAUUGUUUAUUGUUUAUUAUUUUUUGCCUACAUAUUGUGUUACUUAUUUCCACCUUAAAAUUGGAGUGUAUUCGUUGAACCCGUUUAAAGUGCUUUGAGGAGCUUAAGGUGAGGAAGCCCAUUAAAAUAUCUACCUCUUGUUGGUGUAAUAAUUACAGCAUUGAGUCCGUGUUAUACUCACAUGAAAAGAUCCAGUAAUUUGGAAGUCUGAUGGAAAGCUGCUGUCAUGUUCAGGCUGCAUUUCCACUGACUGAUAUAAUACAGGGAGUGGAUUGUGGGAUAAUAUAGAGAGUAGAUUGUGGGCUGUAGUUUCCUAUCUUUCCUUUGUUUUAUUAAUGUUAAUCUAAUGUUCAGGAUUAUUUUAAUAUUUUACACUCCAUUAAUUAUAUGACAUUGCAUAGCAAUAUAGAUAAAAUGGGUUUCUGUGCAAAAAUAAGAGUCAUAUUACAUGAUCAUCCAAUAUUAAUUAAAUAAACAGACUGGAAUACAUCAUAUAAGGGUCAUGACAAUUAAUAAACUUGCAUAUACAAACUAAGGUGGCUCAGUGGGUGGCACUUUCGUCUCGCAGCAAGCAGGUCCUGGGUUCGAUUUCCAGGUGGAGCGGUCUUGGUCCUUUCUGUUUGGAGUUUGCAUGUUCUCUACGUGUCUGUGUGGGUUUCCUCCCACAGUCUAAAUACAUGCAGUCAGGUUAAUUGGAGACACAGAAUUGCCCUUGGUAUGAGAGUGUGUCUAAAUGUGUUUGCUCUGUGAUGGACUGGAGACCGGUCCGGGGUGUUUCCUACCUCUCACCCAAUAAAUUGGACCCACCACGACCAACAGACAAUAAAUACAUUAAUGAACAUAUACAUACUAGUGACACAAGAGCUAUUUAGUGAACUUCAUGUCUUUUAACGGGGGCAUUGUUAUGCUGAAGGAUAACACUAUUAUAAUAGAAAUGUUUGUGGCUUAGUGGGUAGCACUGUCGCCUCACAGCAAGAAGGUCCUGGGUUCGAUCCCCAGGUGGGGCGGUCCGGGUCCUUUCUGUGUGGAGUUUGCAUGUUCUCCCCGUGUCUGCGUGGGUUUUCUCCGGGAGCUCCGGUUUCCUCCCACAGUUUAAAAACAUGCAGUCAGGUUAAUUGGAGACACUGAAAUGCCCUAUAAAUGAAUGGGUGUGUGUAUGUGUGUCUGCCCUGCGACGGACUGGCAACCUGGGUGAACUAGGGUGUUUCCUACCUUUCGCCCAGUAAAUUGGACCCACCAUGACCAACAGACAAAUUAAUGAACAUGUACAAACUAGAGACAAGAGAGCUUUAACGGGGGCACUGUUAUGCUGAAGAAUAACACUACUAUUAUAAUAGAAAUGUUUGACUCCAUUGAUCAGGUGAUCAGCAUCUAUCAAAGCAAUUGGACCCUCUCACUGUAGGGUUAAGCUUUUAGGACUCUGUUUUUCUCUUGGUGUGUUCUUAGCCACACUGAAACAAAGUGAUUUUCAAUUGGAUCUGAUCAGUAUCAGUUGGUUGCUUUUUUGUAGUAUGCAGUAAACCAUUCUGGGAGUGUCUAUUGAACCAAAGUUAUAUUAAGUACUAUAUAAAAUUCAUAAUUGGCUUAAGUAUCAGUUAAGUGUUUGUUGUCAUGUAUGUGGUAUUGAAUCAUUAAAUGCAGUUACUUGUACUACAAUACAUUUUUUAAUUUUUUGCCCAGGACACCGGUUAUACUUUUUGCUACAUAUGCUUCAGUCUGAAAAAAAUAGACAAUUAUAAGGGUUCAGAAUUGGAGGCUAAUGAUGAAGCUGUUUUCAUUUUUCCAUUUUAAAUAUCCCCAUGAAUACACAGACUUGUGUGUUUUGUAUAAAAUCAGGAUGUAACACAAGGUAUGGCAUGUGUACAUUUGUAUGUUUUGGAUUAUUAUGAGACCAUUAUUUAGAACAUAAUUAAACAUUUGAAUUCUU